AUGGCGAUCCUGGUGAGGACCGCGUGUUGGGCCCCGCGACCGUUGCUGCCGGUGCUCCAGACUUGGGACCUCGACCCCCGGCGCUGGGUCCGGGCGCUGCGGCGGAGCCCCGUGAAAGUGUUUCCGUCGGGACAGGUGGUGGACCGGAAGCCCGGCCAGGGGAAGCAGCCCCGGAAGGCGGCGGCUGAGGCCAGCCCCCACGCGCAGCCACUGAAGCAGCCCUCUCCGGCGCCCCAAUCCCAGACGCCCAGUACUUGGGAACAGUCUGGGCUUCGCUACGAUAAGGCUUUACCCGGGGACAAAAGGCUGAGCAGUGUAAUGACAAUAGUUAAAUCCAGGCCAUUUCGGGAAAAGCAAGGGAAGAUUCUGCUGGAAGGUCGUAGGCUGAUCGCAGACGCUCUCAAGGCUGGUGCUGUGCCUAAAGUUUUCUUCUUUAGCCGGGUGGAAUACCUAAAGGAGCUUCCCGUUGAUAAGCUGAAAGGUGUCAGCCUCAUUAAGGUGAAAUUUGAGGAUAUCAAGGAAUGGUCCGACCUAGUAACACCACAAGGAAUAAUGGGGAUUUUUGCCAAACCUGAUCAUGUUAAGAUGACAUUCCCAGAGACUCAGCUUCGCCACUCACUGCCCUUAUUAUUGAUUUGUGACAAUCUCCGUGAUCCUGGGAACCUGGGGACGAUUCUGAGAUCUGCUGCUGGGGCAGGCUGCAGCAAAGUAUUACUCCUCAAAGGCUGUGUGGAUGCCUGGGAGCCCAAAGUGUUGCGGGCAGGUAUGGGUGCACAUUUCCAGGUGCCCAUCAUCAACAAUCUGGACUGGGAAACAGUGCCCAACUACUUGCCCAAUGAUACCCGGGUCUAUGUGGCAGACAACUGUGGCCUUUAUGCCCAGGCCCAGAUAUCUAGUAAAGCCAUUGACCAUGGUUGGGUAUGUGAUCGACAACUCUCGAAGUUUCACAAGUAUGAGGAAGAGGAGGAGGAAGAUCUAGAAACUGGAGCCAGUGAAGGCUGGCUCCCUGAACUUGAGGUCCAGAGUUACGAUUUGGAUUGGACAGAGGCGCCAGCAGCUGUGGUCAUAGGUGGGGAGACCCAUGGCGUGAGCCUGGAGUCACUGCAGUUGGCUGAGAGCACAGGGGGCAAGAGGCUGCUGAUCCCUGUAGUGCCGGGUGUGGACAGCCUCAACUCGGCCAUGGCUGCCAGCAUCCUACUCUUUGAAGGGAGAAGACAGCUGCGCUUAAGGGUGGAACACUUGAGCAGAGACAGGCGUGACCGCUGAGAGGGGACAUGGAAGUUAUCCUUGGUUGAGGUUGUCUCCAGCUCCUCCUACACUGUUAGACUGGCAGAGCUGGUAAAUGUUGGUCCCAGCAGGUAGGCAUGAUGCUGUUGGUUAUUGGAAAAAUAAGAAUUUCCUUGCACUUUUGCUUAUUACCAAAAAUAACAAAGGUCAAAAUUCUUCCCGAGAUCUCCCAUCGCCCCUGGUAUUUUAUGCAUAUGUGAAGGCUACAGGUGCUGGCAUUCCGUAGCCAGCAGUCCUGUUCUUUCCCUUGACUGCCAGUCUCUGCAGUCGUCUGUGUGGCCCCCACUUUAACAGCCAUCGUGUAUCUAUAACACGAUCUCCCCUGGUUCUGGUGAAAUAGUUUGUUGAGUUGUAUUUACACCUUCUUAGCACCUCUGCAGAUUAUCUUUUU